AUGGUUAAAAGAACUGCUAGUCAAAUCCUUGAGAGUCCUCUCAACAAGGAAGCCAAGUUAGAUGACUUUAAUAUUUGGGGAUACUUUAUAUCUUCACGCGGGGUUAUUACACUAGAAGAAAAGUUUUAUAUGUUUGGUGAUCACGAGGAGUUGAAGGGGAAUGUAAUUAUAAUAGCAUUAUUUGAUUUAAUUGAAGGAUGUGGAGAGAUAUUCUUCGCAGGAAUACACCAUGAUGAAAAAAACGGGGCAACAUUUGAAAGUUUAUGCCAAGAUGGAAUAAAUAUAAAAGAAAAGAAAUGGGAAAAGGUAUCUCUGAAAGAGCGUUUUCAGUUACAAGAUGGAAUGCUCUUACAAUUUAAACGUCAUAAAGAAUUUGAAAUAUAUGAAUUUCGAACCGCUAAUUUAUCACAGUGUGGUUGUGAUAAAAUAACAAAUUACGAUAGUCAAGGUUGUUCAACGGGAAAUUUAAGUGUAGUGAAAAACAAAUGUUUCCUACACAAAUACGAGUUCAUAAAAAGGCUCGGAGACGGUGGUUUUGGAAAUGUCCACCUUGUUAGGAAUAUUUAUAAUGGGCAACUAUUAGCGGCGAAAAUUUCUAAAGCUUCAUUGCGGAUGGAGUAUAUUGCAAUGAAAGAGUUGCAAGAUGUGGCCUGUGUCGUGAAAGCGCGUGAAGGGUUUCACGAUACUAAAUCUAAUAAUUAUUAUUUGAUAAUGGAUUGGGUCAAGCACAAUUCAUUAUCGACAUGGAUUCAGAAGCGAAGCCAAGAUGAUGGUGAAAUUUUGAGAAAUAUCAUAAAAUGUCUUGUGCCUAGUCUGAAAUUAAUCCAUGAUAAUGGAUGGCUCCAUAGAGACAUUAAGCCAGACAAUAUUCUGGUAGAAAAUGAAAGUCCUCUAUCGUUGAUAAUUACAGAUUUUGGAUUAAGUCGCAGACUUAGUUCCAAUCCCAGUGAUGCAAGUGGUACACCAUUGUAUUGUGCACCUGAGGUUUUGCAAAAGAAACCUCAAAGAGAGUCUGCAGACUGGUGGUCACUGGGACAACUAAUCUUUAGUAUUUAUAAGGGGGCUUGUUUGUUGCGACCUGUGAAAGUAGGUUUACAGGAAAUAUUGUUAGAAAUUGAUCACAGGUUGCAGAUAAUUAAGGACGGGAACGAACCAAAUAUAAAUAAGAUGAUAAAAAGCGGGAAUGCGGAUGUUGCAGAAUUCAUCUUAGCUUGUCUUAAAUUGGAUGAGGAAGAACGAACAUAUAAUAAAAUCAUUGUAAAUAUAGUUUCGUUUUUCUAA